UCUCUAUCACUACCACUAUCCACACACGCGCUCCAAUAUCUUCCUCUUUUCCACGUCCCCUUGCCCCCUCCUUAUAAUCCCCUCUUUAUCCUCGUAACCUCUCCAUUAUUUCCAUCUUUGCUUUUUCUUUGUUUUCGAAAACACUUUUUAUUGUUUUUGGAAAUUUGUUUCUGUUUUUAUCGUCUAUCAAAUUUUCGAUCAUGUGUUAAUUCUGAAUGGCCAAUCGCUAGUGGUGCUAACGUGCGCCUCUCUCUGCUGUCUGCAAUCUAACCAUUGAUUUCCUUCUUUUUGUCGUUGAUCCUCGAUUCUGACUGUUGGAUUGGCUGAUUACUCUCAUUUGCUCCACUUGCUUUAAAUAAUAUUCUUUUAUUCAUUGCUUUCUGUUUGCGGAUAGGGUAAACGUGCGCCAGCCUUUGCAAGCAGCAUCGCCUUAUUCUUCUCUCUCCUAGGUUUGGGGUUGGGGUUCGUAUCUUGAGGGUGUACGGACGCUGAUUCUGAUCUGUUAAUGGAGUCUUGCACCGAAACCGGAGAAAACGAAACCCUAACCCUAUUUUGUGUCCCAAUUUUGAGCGGAAAAGCGAGAGAUGUCAUGGAAGUUCUCUAGUAUUACCUGUAACACCGAUCGGGGAUAAGGCGGUGUUUGGCGGUCGACGGAAUUGUCAUUUUUUAUGUUGUGUUAGUGUUUCCUUGAAUUGCUUGGAUGGAGAUGGCGCGGAAUGAGAUUGGCAGCGGCGGAAGUAACAGUAAGAGCAGUGAUUCCUUUAUCGAUCGAAGCAACGUGCGGAUUUUGUUGUGCGACAACGAUACCAAGAGUUCGGACGAGAUCUUCACUCUUCUCUGCGGGUGCUCCUAUCAAGUAACAUCAGUGAGGUCAGCUAGACAGGUGAUUGAUGCAUUGAAUGCUGAGGGACAUGAUAUUGAUAUCAUACUCGCUGAAGUUGACCUUCCAAUGACCAAAGGCAUGAAGAUGUUAAAGUACAUUAUGCGGGAUAAGGAGUUGCGACGCAUACCCAUUAUCAUGAUGUCUGCACAGGACGAGGUUUCUGUUGUUGUGAAGUGCUUGAGACUUGGUGCAGCUGACUACCUUGUAAAGCCUUUGCGCACAAAUGAACUAUUGAACUUGUGGACUCACAUGUGGAGAAGGCGGCGAAUGCUUGGACUUGCAGAGAAGAACAUCUUGAAUUAUGAUUUUGAUGUGGCAGCUUCAGACCCUAGUGAUGCUAAUACAAACAGUACUAUGUUCUCGGAUGACACGGAUGACAAGUCACGGAUGAGUGCCAAUCCAGAGAUGGUUGUUUCAGUUCAUCAGGAAGAUGAGUCUAAUGCUACUAUUGAUAGCACUGAUGUUGCUGCUGAGCCUCCAGUUGUGAAUCAGUUGGAAUGUCGGCCUGAUGUUCCAGGAAUUAGUGACAGGCGAACAGGACAACUUCUUUCAGGCCCAAAAAAGAGUGAACUGAAGGUUGGUGAGUCUUCUGCCUUCUUUACAUAUGUCAAAUCAAGCAUGAUUAAAACCAAUUCUCAAGGGAUUCCCAACAUCAAUGAAAGUGCUCCUCAACAUUCAAGGAUGGAAGAGAGAGUUCAAGCAUGGAGUGAAAAGGGGGUUAAUGAUACCCAAGAACAUGAAAAUGGAGAGGCAUGGGAAAACUAUUCACAAGGAGAUGACUUUCCAAGCAGUAACAGCAUCCCUGAUUCUCUUUCUGUGGAGAUGUCUUGUACCCCUCCUGCACCAAUCGAAUUUGUACAAGGAAGGAACUCGAAGGGAGAAGAGUUCUCUCAGGUGCCAAUUCAUCCAAGAAAUGAACAUCAAGUUGAUAUUUCAGGGUUUCCGGGGCACACUGCUUACCCAUAUUGUAUGUCAGGAGUGAUGAAUCAAGUGAUGAUGCCAUCAUCUGCACAGCUGUAUCCGAAGAGCCUGCAUGACAUGCAAAAUAAUGCUACUACUUCUGCCAUGCUACCUCAGUACAAUCAUCUUCCACAAUGUCCUCCCCAUGUGCCUGGAGUUGCAUCAUUUCCUUAUUAUCCAGUUAGUAUAUGCCUGCAACCAGGUCAAAUGUCCACUACACACCCCUGGCCAUCAUAUGGAAAUUCAUCUUCCACUGAAGUGAAAUUAGGUAAAGUAGAUAGAAGAGAGGCUGCCUUGAUAAAGUUUAGGCAGAAAAGGAAGGAGCGUUGUUUUGACAAGAAAAUUAGAUAUGUGAACAGAAAACGACUUGCUGAAAGGAGGCCACGUGUGAGAGGACAGUUUGUGAGGAAAAUGAAUGGUGUAAAUGUGGAUCUUAAUGGGCGACCUGCUUCUGUUGAUUUUGAUGAGGAUGAAGAGGAGUAUGAGGAGGAGAAUGCAUCAAGGGAUUCUACUCCUUGAUGCAUUCUCCCGGGGAUGAUCCUUUGGGAUAUCAUUGUUGAGCUGCUAGUAGUUCCCUUGCAGUUAGAAAGCUUUUGUUCUAAAAGUUCCUGUGCCUUUCUCUGUUCACUUGGCAGCUGUCCAUGCUCUCUUGGGUGAAUGGGAAGUGGUACUUGGGCAUUUCUAUCAUAUUGAUGCUGGGGGGUAUACUACUUUAAGCAUGCCAAUAUCCAUUUCCUUCACUUGCCCAUUGAAAUAGGGGUGGAACAUGUUGCCACUUGUUGCUUAUCCUGUUUUUAAGGCCAAAUGUGCCACUGGUUCACCUUGCUUAAAUAACACAAUCACAAGGAGCUUUUUGAUCAGGGUUAACACCUGCAGGUUGGGGAUAAUGGACCCAGAAGCUCCAUACACUAUCAUUUUCAGUAUGCAAAUCCGUAUGGUUGGAUUGCCUCUCCAGUUUCUUUGAAGAAAGGCUGAUGGAUUCUCUAAAAUACUCUUGAAGGAGAGAAGGUAACUUCAUAUGGGGUUUUACAGCCAGAUCAAAUGUAUUGAAGCCACUCUGACAUUUUCCUCCUACUUUUUGAACUAUUUGGAAGUUUUAUAUCAGUUUAACCAGUUAAAAAAUGCUACAUGUAGUUUGCGUCAGUAUAUGAAUCACUUCUUCAUUUACAGGCAACAUUUGGUUCUGACUACCACUAAUCCAACAUGAUACUUUUCUACACCAAUUUCUUGUCAUAGCGAGUCAAGACUGUUUGUCUUGGGAGUUGGAAUGUUCCAGCUUCACUAUCAUAAACUUUGAUGCCUGCAUCUUCACUAUCAUAGGAAUUGAAGUAGCUCUAGCAAGAUGCUUAACAAGCUUCCAGCAACCAUUCUGGCAUUCUUGCAGGUGCUAGAGGGCAGGAAUGGUGUCACUGUCAACAAUGUCUAUAUUUGAUUAGUGAUUUGCUUCUUAUUUUGCCCCCACAGGUUUUGAUUGCAAGGUGGGAACUAAUCUUAUAGGAGAAAUGAUUAGUUCGCUCAACAUGUCUUGAGUGCUUCUCUGGUCGGCAAACUGAGACAUGGUGUGGUUUUUCUUCUUAAAUCAAGGGCGUUCUUACAUUGUGUCUUGCUUGCAGGAGUAUGUGUGGAGAAGGUGAUUGGAAAUUUUAGUGUGAAGAAGUUCAACUCUUCAGUGCUGAGAUGUAAGGAUGGCUAUUCUUGUUUGUGGAUAUUCAUGGAGUGCUAGAGACAGUUCAAGAAUGUUGAAAAUAAAAAUUUAUUGGAAUUCACAAAAUUAUAUUUGCAAAGAGUUUCAGAGGCAUUAUUGUUGAAGGGAAGCACAAGAAAUCAGUCAAGACUCGGAAAGCAGCAGAGGAGUUACUUUCUGUCACAAAGUAUAUACUAAUUUUUAUUUGACAUUAUGUAAGGUUAUCAUUGUCUCCUAUCAAUCAAGGAAGCAGCUGAGGUAUUGCGAGGA